UGAAAGAAGAAUUGUAGACAUGAAAUAUUUUGGCGAGAUAUUUGACAAAGGGUGUAAAACAUGUAAACGACAUUUCUUAUUCAAGGAUAUUAUCUCAGAAAACAUUUAUGGACUUUGUUUAUUAGUGAAAUUUAAGUGUUCAAAAUGUCGACAGGAAACUACAAUUUCUACAUCGAAGGCUUCCGGAGAAACUGAUAAGACUUUGACAAAAUCUCCGUACUCAGUUAAUUUGAAAGCUGCAAUCGGUGAGAGUUUUAUAACAUCUUUUCUAAUAUUUAUGACUCCAUUAAUAGUUUAUUUACCUAUCUUUUGUACAUCUUUGUAAUUGUACUUCCUGUCUCUCCCAAAGGCUCUGAUAGUUGUACUACUUUGAAUCGUAUGGCUAUAUAUAAAGGAAACCCUGACUUACCAUGAAGUAAACCCUGAAUAACCAAUAAUGACAUACUGACCAGGAUUCGCACCGGGAAAAGGAAAUGUGGAAAUUACAGUCAAAGUCCGCUGACAGGAUAUAAAUCCGCAACCUUCGAUUUAGGAGUCAGAGGCUCUAUCUCUACACCACUGCGCCUCCCAAAAUGUUUUAGAUUUUUGUGUAUGAAGUUUUAGUUAAAUUCAUGAUUUUUUUAGAGCAAAUUUGAUUAUGUAAAACAAAUGAAAUUAAGAAAAUUAAAAAGAGCAUUUAUUGAAAUUGACAGUUCCCGAUCUAUCCGUAGGUACACAAAGAGUACGUUAAUUCACAAUUAUUGAAAUUAAUUUAAACAGGGAUGAUCCACGCUGGUAUAGGAGAAACACACAUGAAUGGCUUUCUUGUGACAUUAGGGAUACCACCAAUACACCAUAAAACAUUAAAAAAUCAUGAACGGAAAGUUGGAAAAGUUAUAGAGGAAAAUGCACGAGAUUCAUGUGCUUGGCAUGCGAAGAGGAAAAGACAGCAUCACAAGCUUGUAUGUUACCAGCGACUGUCACAGAACGAGGUGAUGGCUAUAACAUAAGAGACACGUUCCUGCAUGAACCAAAUAAUGAUCGGGUUGCAGCAGACGACAAAAGGGAUCUACGCAGCAGAUGACACCGACACUGAUCAAAUAACUUUUGAUGAGGCAAUGGCUAUGUUAGAAGAAUAUGACAGAGCCAGCGCAUCAAAUGAGAUUCAGAAUACAGACCGAGCAGAGGGACAGUCAUCCCCUCACAUCUCUGCAUUAAACGAAGAUACAUCAAAGAAUAUGGUAGAGAUGGAGACUUUGCAGAAAGACCAAGUUGAAGUUGUUAGCCAAGACGCAGCAUGGUCAAAACGUGGCCGCGGAAUGAACAGUUUAUCAGGUUAUGGAAAACUAUUCGACAUGAGAAUCUUGGUAUAAAGUUGUAUUAAAGCCGGAUGUCUGGACGAGCUAUCUGAACAGAUUUAUGGAUUUGUUGACACUUUACCUUUGUUUAGAUCUAUAACAGAAAAAGGAGUUUCAGCAUCGCUAGUAAAUAUAUAUCAGAGGGAGUUCGGCUGUAAAUACAACGCACAGGACUCAUGUAAAGAUACGCAAGCACUUAUGCAUUUGUUUUACCACAAAAGUCUCGAACAAAGAGCAUCAUCUUCUUUCAUAAAAUUUGAUCAUGCUUUGAAAUAUUUAAAAAUGUAAGUGUUGUUAAAAGAAAUCGCAACCAAAUUGAGCGUAAACUCUGUGCGGAGAACAAAAUAAUUUCCAAGUAUUUAGCAAGGAAAAUAGCUGUCACCGGACUUUCCUAUGAUCAUUUUCAGCUAUCAUUUGCAAGGGAUUGUGUGAAUGGCUUGCGGUAUGUAUUAGGAGAAAAGGUUAACGGUAAAGCGAGAGUAACCGAAAAGAAACUGUUAUUCGAGCUUUGAAUUUGCAUUUUGAAAACAUCAAUAGGAAAUAGUGGGUAGUAUAAAACAUAUAUUGUGUCAAAAAAGUGUUUUCCUUUCACCAUUAAUGGUAUCUGCAGUUCAGAUCGACUGUAUCAUGCAAAUUUCUUAUAAUAAAAACAUAUUGUUUUUAACUAAAAAUACUGUCUCUAAAAUUAACGAACGUGACUUGUGAAAGCUGAAAACAUAUAAUUUAAACGCUAACGUCGCAUAGCCUCAAACCAUAUAGGGGUAGGGGUAAAAUAACGCAAAAUAUUGAAAAAUAUAAGUCGGUGACCCCUAAUUAUCUUUGUGUCGGCUAAAAGUACAAAUACCGUUAAACAACAUUUCAAAGUUAUACGUUUUUUUAUCGAGCCAAUUUUUCACAAAUUUGAUUUUAACGCAAAAUUUGCAGCAAAACUCGAUGCGAGUUUUUCCGUUUUGACGUGACCAUUUCGUCUCUGACGUCUUAAGCGUCAAUCUUUUUUCGCUAAAUUUUAUACCAUCGAGUGGCAUUUUCUGCAUGCAAAGUGACAACUAUUUUGUAUUUUUCAUUUCUGUGACAUUCAGAGCGCAGGAAAGGAAAAAUGCCGUGAGCACUCGGAGCUGGGCGUUGCACGAAAAGCGACGUCAGGGGCCAUGUUUGUGACACAAUAGGAAAAACCUAGAACAAAAUGGCAUCAAAAUAAAAUCGGUACUCAAUCGCAUAUAUCCUGAAUUUUUUACAGUAUAAAUUUCAGGACGAAAUUCGGAAAAAAAUUUUG